CCUCCAGUCGUCUGAUUGCUUCCAGCCCUGCUGUUUGCACUGCUUCAUUAACUGGCUACAGCACCUUUCAGGAGCAGUGGGACUUCUUACAGUCAGACAGAGAGAGAGAGAGAGAGAGAGAAGCACAGAACAGAGACCUGCACCUUUCAAGAGCAUUGGGACUUCUUACAGUCAGCGAGCGAGAGAGAAAGAGAGAAGCACAGAACACAGACCUGCAGACAUUCACACAACACUUUAAUUUUAGACACAGACUGAACAUCUCCACUGCAAGGGAAAGGUGAGAGAAACGUGUGGAAUACGUGGAUGCACAAAGAGCGAUGAGCUACAGCCCCGGUGAUCCUCAUGACGAGCCCACAGGAGCUCUGCGCUACCUCAGGAAAGAGGAAGCAAUCGCCAUGGAAACUGAGUUGCUGACGGACUACCGCUUUGGCCAGCAGCAGCUGACGGAGGUGUUGGGGCACGCCUGCGCUAUCGGAGUUGCCAAGGCCUUUCCACUGGGCUCUCUGGAGAAGCGGCAGCCCACAGUGCUGGUCAUCUGUGGCCCGGAGCACAACGGCUGCGUGGGGCUGUCCUGCGCCAGAUACCUGCGCCUGUUUGACUACCUCCCAACGGUGUUCUACCCGAAGCGCUCCCAGCAGGCCGUGCAGCAGGCCUUCACCGUGCAGUGUGAGAAGAUGGACAUCCCCUUCCUGUCCUACCUGCCCGCUGAGGUGCAGCUGAUCAACGAUGCCUACAACCUGGUGGUGGACGCAGUGGUGGGGGUGCAGAUGGAACCGGACAGUCUGGCAGAACCCCUCACCAGUAUUCUAACGACGCUCCGAAACGUCAGGGUCCCCAUCGUGAGCCUGGACAUCCCCUCAGGAUGGGAAGACAGCAGUUCAGACACAGACCGGAUCAACCCAGCUGUACUCAUCUCACUCAUGGCACCAAAGACAUGCAGCCUCGGUUUCCAGGGGACCCAUUUCCUGGCCGGACGCUUCCUGCCCUACGACCUCCAGAAGAAAUACGAGCUCUGUUUACCAGUGUACCCGGGCACUGACUGCAUCGUCCAGCUCACCAACACUCCCACUUAGGACACUCUUACAUCACGUUUUACAACACGUUGACAUAUGGUUAUAUAUGAUAUCGCACACGCGUUUGUCCAAAGGAUAUAAAGAACAGGCACAAAGGCAGUGAAUUAAUUUUAUAGGAUUUUAUUUUGGAGUAAAUAGUCACAAUGAUCAGUGAAAAGUUGUGAAAUAUGUUGAGUGUUUGUAAUGUGAAAAACAACUGUAGCUUGAGAAACUUGCGCCUCUUGUCAAUUCUAGAUUCCUGUUUUCCCCUUCACACUGAUUAAACUAUGCCAAUGUCAGAUGUUGAUGAUCCAGUUCUCUUCUUGUACAGCACUUCCAACUCAUUCCCUGUCAACAGCAGCCAGUCAAAGGCUUGCCUCAGUAAUACAUUACAGCAAACCUGUUUCUCUACUUCGGCCCCCUCUGCAGCCCA